UGACGAUGUAUUCUGUAUAGUACCUUUAAUGCAGGUGACAGUUCAUAAAGUUUGUGUGGCUUGCAGGUGCAAGUGUGGCGGUUUCUUUAGCUGCGCCUGCGCUUGUCGGCCCUUACUACAGCUUACUCGUACUACCUAACCCUGCUAACCUUGGGCGGUUGCGACCUAGAGCAGCCUGGCAGCCUCCGCUAGGCACGUACCGUGACACGCCGUAGCUGCGCGGACAAGGGUUCAAAAUACUGAACUUCUUUCCAUAGCCUUCUUCUCCAACUACAUCGCUGUUUUUGCAAUUAUACUGUUGCUACUGCACACAUCACACAUAACCCCAUACAGCAUAAAUUCGCCAUCUUAUAUGCAUCUUUUGCCCAACAUUCUCGUGUUCUCAACAGAUUCCCGGAGUCUGCGCCGUCGCUGCGUAGCCAUUGUGCGGCCCGAGUACUUCUUGAGUUCCUGAAGCAAGGGUCCUUACCGAGCCCGCUGUGGAGAAUCGAGGCGUGAACUCCAAGAUCAAGAGCCUCACUCCCGCGUGUAUACCUUGCAGCUUGAUACGCCGCUGUAGCUAGAAUAGGACGUGCGUGAUCCUAGUAAUCCUAUCGAAAUUGGCCGAUCGUCAGUCUUGAUACGCCUUUCAGCACUCUCAUCUCGUCUAGAUAUUCGCCACAGGCCAGACAAGGAAAGGCGAAUAAUGGCGGAUAUCCCGUUGCAAGUUAUCUCCGAGAACUCGGCCUCUGAAAGGAGAAUCACGCCAUCAUGGUCGAUCAGCCAACUGAAAAGGAAACUUGAGCCUGUCACGGGUAUCCCUCCGUCGUCUCAGCGUAUUAGCUUGAAGACUGCCUCCAAGGAAACCAUAGCUGUUGAGGCUGUAGAUGAAGACACUACAAUUCUAUCAAACUUCCCCUUAUCUGCUUAUGCAGAACUGCAUAUCACCGACACCCGGCCAGCUAGCGCCAAGCUGAAUUUCAAUGACACUACUGGCGUUGAGAAAUACAUUAUGCCGGAGGAGGAGUACGAGAAGAAAUCCGAUUCGGUCUUGGCCUGGAAGAAGGCCGAAAGGCUUGGUCGCUUCAAUCCCGAUGCCCCUAGCCUGGAGAAGGCCAAGAUUGACGGCUUUGCUGCCGAAAUUGAGAGCAGGGGCAUAAAGGUGGGCAAAAGGUGCAGAGUUGGCGGCGACGACUCUCGAAGGGGAGAGGUCAAGUAUGUCGGCGAACUCAAAGAGAUUCACGGAUCCAUAGGUGCUUGGGUCGGAGUUCAACUUGACGAGCCAGUCGGAAAGAAUGACGGAAGCAUUGGUGGCACCAGAUAUUGGGGUAUCGAAUCGGCACUCAAGCAUGGCGUGUUUGUCAGACCAGAAAGAGUUGAAGUAGGCGAAUACCCUGUCCUUGAUGACUUGGAGGAUAUGGAGGAAAUAUGACCGGUAUGCCAUCCUUCAUCCGGGAAAGGGUUUUAUACGGCAGCCACGAUCCUCGAGACUGAUAUCGCACUACUGGUGCAUGGUUACAUAGAACCGACGGCGAUUCGCGUAGUCUAGUCCAAGAAAUUUGAAUAUUUGAUUUAAUGGGUACCUUGACAUUGGAUUUUCUCUUAUGAUCUAUGGGAUCAGCUUUAGAAUCAAGGCUUGAGGCUUGUAUGUGCAGUUACACAUGAUAGGCAUACUAUUAUAUCAUUUAUUUCAUCCUGAGAUUGAAUGGGAAAUAUAAGCUUUAGAUACU